CAAUAAUGAUAUUAAUGAAUCACACUGAUUCAUCAAAUGAUGGAAACAAAACUAACCACUACUCUGCAUAGAUUAUUUCUUUGGUUCUUCUUGAUGAACAUCUUCAUCACCAUUACCAGAACAAAAUCACAAUCAUCAACGCUAAAUUACGUUGGAGAUGACUGCCAAAACUCAACAAAACAAUCUCUAACAAGUGGAUUCAAAACCAACCUCAACAGCGUCCUCUCAUGGCUUUCCUCUGAUGCUACCACAAGCAAGGGCUACAACUAUACCACCGUCGGAACCGCCACACGCGAUGCCGUCUAUGGCUUCUACAACUGCAGAGGUGAUGUCACCGGAACCUUCUGCCAGUUUUGCCUCUCCACCGCAGCUUCAGACAUUCUCCAGCACUGCCCAAACAGGUCAUCAGCAGUGAUAUGGUAUAACUACUGCAUACUCAGAUACUCUAACCAUGACUUCUAUGGUAACCUUACAAUAACUCCAUCAUGGCAAACUCUUGGGACCAAGAACAGCACCAACAGCACACAAGAACUCCAGAAAGCAGAGACUUAUAUGCAGAGCUUGAUAAAGAAUGCUACUGCAGAGAGCAAUUACCUGUUGUAUGCAGUGGGUGAGUUCAAUGCUGGUGGUUCAUUAGGGAAAAGAUAUGGAUUGGUGCAAUGUACUAGGGACCUUACUAGUGACAAGUGUAGGCAGUGUUUGAAUGCUAUGUUGGAUCAAGUUCCUAAAUGCUGUGCUUCAAAAGUUGGAUGGCAAGUUGGAUCUCCAAGCUGUUUGACAAGGUAUGAUGAUUAUAUGUUCUACAAGAUUCAAGGAUCUUCUCCUUUGCCUAAUUCAGCCAAGAACAAUUCAAGCAAGACAAAAACUGUGAUCAUCAUCAUAGUGUGUGUGUUGGUGCCAGUAGUGAUACUAAUUUCUGGCGUCUACUUAUUAUGGAGGAAGAAUCAAAUAAAUAAUGAUGCAUUUUUGUCAGAGGACACUCCUAUAUCAGUACAUGAUAACUCUCAAGAAGGUCAAGGAGACGAUUCAUUGAAUGCCGACCUUCCUGCAGUUCCUCUGAUUUGGAUUCAACAGAGCACUAAUAACUUUUCAAAUUCUUGCAAAUUAGGGGAAGGUGGUUUUGGUCCUGUUUAUAAGGGAAGUUUACAAGAUGGGACAGAAGUUGCCAUCAAAAGACUUUCAAAAACAUCUGGUCAAGGUUUGUAUGAGUUCAAGAAUGAAGUAAUAUUCAUAGCCAAAUUACAACAUAGGAACCUUGUGAGACUGUUGGGUUGUUGUGUUGAGCAAAAUGAAAAGCUGCUUAUAUACGAGUACAUGUCCAAUUCAAGCCUUGCCCUUCACCUAUUCGAUGUGGAAAAACGAAAGCAUCUAAGUUGGAAGGUUCGAAUGAAUAUUAUCAAAGGAAUCGCACGAGGACUUCUAUACCUUCACGAAGAUUCUAGACUUAAAGUAAUUCAUAGAGAUAUGAAAGCUAGUAAUGUUCUGCUUGAUCAAGAUAUGAAUCCAAAAAUUUCAGAUUUUGGAUUAGCAAGAGCAUUUGAAAAAGGCCAAGACGAAGAAAAUACUAGAAGGGUUAUGGGCACCUACGGAUAUAUGGCUCCCGAAUAUGCCAUGGAAGGAUUAUAUUCAGCAAAAUCAGAUGUUUUUAGUUUUGGAGUUCUUCUACUAGAAAUCAUUUCUGGCAAAAAGAGCAGCGGAUUCUAUUUUUCAGAACAUGGUCAAAGUCUUCUUGUAUAUAGUUGGAAACUAUGGUGUAAAGGAGAAUGUUUGGAGCUAGUAGAUCCUAUACUAGAAGAUAAAUACCCAAGAAAUGAAGUUAAAAGGUAUAUACAUAUUGGUUUACUGUGUGUACAAGCAGAUGCAGUAGAUCGACCAACAAUGUCUACAAUUGUUGUGAUGCUAGCAAACGAGACAAUGUCACUUCCUAAUCCUAACCAUCCUGCAUUUUCAGUUGGAAGAAAGAUCAAAGACGAGCCACCAUCAAAUACUUUUGUUAAGGAUCUUUCGGUCAAUAAAAUAUCAGUUUCAAAUAGUUUACCUAGGUAAUCAAUAUAAGAACAAAAAUGCUAUUUGUACGUUAAAAUUAGCUACUAAAAUCAACCACUAAUGUAUUUAUGUAUAAAUACAUGUAUGGUUUAGUUUAUUUUCAAUGUAUAUUUAUAUUCUAAUAUGUAUUUUAUACUGGUGGCUGAUUUUAGUAGCUGAAUUUAGUGUACACGUAACAUGAUUGAUAUAAGAAUUCUGUUUUUAAAUUGCUCUAAUUGCAUAAGUAAUUAUUUCUGCCAAUUUGAACCAUUCUUGUUUA